CUGUAUUCCUAAAACCAAAUUUGCUUCUCUACUAUCCGUUCCUUCAGACUUGCUAUUUUUAUACUAUCCUUUAAAACACAGCCUUAGCCGAUGGAGCACGACGACAUUGCCAAGGGCUUUGUCCACUGGUGGUUCAAAUCGAUCCGGUCUACAGACAUGGGCGACAACUGGAUCCUGAGCUUAAACAAUCUAAAGAAACUAUACCGUCUGGUGACGCAAUACUACGAGGAGGUCCUGGGCUACCCGGCAACGCGGUUGGACGAGCCCGACCUCUCCACAAUUGCCAAGCACGACAACUCCGAGGAGCUGCUGAAACUCUGGGAAGCAUCGACAACGAAUCCUGACUCCGACAACCACGACAUGGAGAUCUUUGACGCCCAGCACCACGACGAAGGGAUUGAUCCCGACGAGCUCGAAAAGUCUGCGCGCGAGCUCUCGACUGAGCACAAGCAUGUGCAAAGCAAGUAUGAGGAGCUUCUGGUGCUGAACGAGGAGCUGAAGAUGCGCAUGGAGGACCUCGAACAAUCCAUGGCACGCGCCGACAAAUCCGGUCGCGCCGACUUUUUAUUGCGCGCCGAAAUCGACAACCUGAAGCACGAGCUGGAGAAGGCCGAUACCCGCGCCCAGGAGACUGAGCGCAUCAUGGCCGAGCAGCAGAGCGCCCUGGCCGACAUGACGCGCAAGCUGGCUGACCGCGACGCCACCGCAGACGAGGCCGUGCGGCUGCGCGACCAGCUGCAGGAGUACAAGCACGCGGCCGAGCGCUUGGCAAAGUCCGAGCACGUAAUUGAGAAGUACAAGAAGAAGCUGGAGGAAAGCGAGCAGCUGGCCAGCGCCCAGGACCGCACGCGCCAGAUCGAAGACGAGUUCCACAAGAUGUCGAGCCGUCGCCCGGCCAUGGAUGACGUGCGCGAUGGUUUCCAGCAGCUUGAAUCGCGCCACAACAUGACUGUGCUUGAGCUGAGCCAGGCCAUGGAGCGCCUGCGCAAGACUGAGGACGAGCGCGACCGACUGGCCGCCGACCGCCAGCACGGCCAGGAGCAGAUCCAGGCGCUCGAAGAGCAGCUGCGCGAGCUCGAGCUCACGCUCGACAAGGGUCUGGCCAUGGACCUGGACGACGACCGCACCGAGCUAUUGACCAAGAUCGCCCGCCUCGAGCGCGAGCUGAAGGCUGCGCGCAACGCCCAGCCGCAGACCGACGCCACAGAGUUCCUCGAGGAGGUGGCCGAUGCGGCGACUCGCGAGAAGGACACUGCCCUGGAGCAGCUCGAAAAGGAGCGGGCAGCGCGCGCCCAGCUCGAGCACCAGCUGGCUGAGCACGCCGAGUCAGUGCCGCGACUGAAGAGCGACCUGGAUGCAGUCACCACGCAGCUUGUCUCGGCCACAAGCGAUGCCGGUGCCGCACGCAACGACCUGGCUGCAGUCAAGGAGGAGCUCGAGCGCUCGCGCGCCGCCCUUCUGGCAGUCGAGCAGCAGCACAAGGCCGUGGUGGAGGCUGCCAGUUUGCGCGACGAGAACAAGUCGCUCGAAGACUGGCUUGCCGAGACCCACCAGGAGAGCCAGCAGUUCGAGCAGGAAAUUGCACGCCUGUCGGCGGCCAACCGCGAACUGACGGGAAAGCUCGGUAAGAGCACCGAGGAGCAGACGCGGCUCGAAAUCGCGCUGCGCGGCCAGGGCGACAUUGAGCGUCUGCAGCGCGAGCUCGUCAAGGCCCGCGAAGAAGUGCAUGUCUUGCAGGUCAGCCUGAAGCGCACCAAGGACCAUUGCGUGACGCUCGACCAGAAGCUGCAGCAGCAGCAGGCCUGGCAGUGCCCCGCACGAGAGGAGCAGCUGGAGAGCGUCCGCACGAUGCUGCGCGAGCAGAAUAACACGCACUUGCUCGAGUCCCGCACGAUGGCGUCGGCGUGGUUCAACUUGCAGCGCCAGCUUGAGCGCCAGAGCGGCUUCGGCCAUUCCAGUGGCAUGGGCAGCUUGCCGUCGGCGCGGCAGGCGGGCACCCCGGCUUCAUGGCUCGGCCAGCAAAGGGUUACGCUUGAUAUGCAGCUGACUGGCGCUUAG